AUGGGGGAAGAGGGUAGCAAGGACGCCGAGCCAAGCGUCAGGCCCGACGUCAACAAUCAGGACUUGAUUGAUGCUGGUCCCUCGCGGGCUCCGCCUGCCCGCCGCCUCGCCAGUAAUCAGGUCAGCAACCCAAGAUCGUCCAGGAACAACCAGUCCUCCAGGGCGAAUCAGCAGGCUUCUCAGUCUCGGAAUUUCGAGUUUGUGCUUGUGACCGACAGCGAGUCGCGCCGUCAAGUCCGCCGACAUGCAAUGCGCCAGUACAUGCACCAGCGGCGCCUGGACAGCAUUGCUCGACUGGGGACCUCUCGCGUACCGGUUAGCGGCUGGACUACUCGUCCAGCUUCAGAUCAUGCAGAUUCGGGUCUGUCCUCCCGAAUAAAAGAUGCCGGGGAUGAUUCGCCUACCAAGUCGGAGCAGGAAUCGCCAUCCACGGAUGAGGAACCUGCCCAGGAAGGGCAAGAGUCAUCACGGCCGUUGAUUCCGAGCCCCCAGAAGAUCAAACAGGAGGAGGAGCCGUCUCCUGUAAUAAGUAGCUUCCAAUCUUCAGAUCCCCGGGCCUCUCCAGGGGAAGGGGGUGUCAGGGAUCCGUUUUGCUCCUAUCCGAUCCCAGUCUGUCAUGCGGACCAUGAAUUGAUCCAACACUUUGUCGUGACCUAUCCAUCUAUGAUGUACAAGUUUGUCGAUCGCAUUGCAGACAACCCGAUGAUGGAAAUAUUUCGUCAAUUUGCCCUACACGACGGCCUUCCGUUCCAGGCGAUGCUUGCUAUUGCCUCCAAGCAUCGCGCAGGUGUAGAGGGUAGGGGUGAGUCGGUUCAGAGUCUCACUCACAAGAUGAGAGCCUUGCGAAUGAUGAACGAACGCAUCCACGCGGAUUCAACGGGGCAAAAUGACGGAACAAUAUACUCCGUAGCCACCAUGGCUGUUAUCGAGGAGAAAUGGUCUAAAGAUGCUUCCAUCGAGCGCAUGCACUUUAGAGGGCUAGCCUCGAUGAUCCGAAAUCGAGGCGGAAUGCGAGGAAUGCGCGUCUCGAGUCCUUUCCUAGAGAAAGUGCUCUAUUGGGUUGAUUUCAGUUGUGCCCCGAAGGCAAUCGUUAGUACCUCACUCCCUUGGACUGGCGCAAUGCCAGACAUCCCACCCUCCGGGUUUGACUUUCUUUCUCAUGACCUUCACUAUUCUAUACCCCAUGAUUCCAUGACGGACGAAGGUCCAGAAAGCGAGUGCGAUAAACUUCGAGCAUGCGAGGAUUUUCUGAGAUUCUUCCGCCGGCUUCGUAAACUGGAGAAUGCCGCGUUGAACGUCCCUCCUGUUCUCAUAUCUAGUAACCCAGGCCGGAGCACCAAGCAAUUUCGGCCCGGCACCCAAUUGCAUUCCAUCCUCACUCUGCUUCCCGACUACGACCACGGGAUCCGAGACAUUCGAUUCAUCGAUGAAUAUACGGACAUGGCUUGCCUCUUGUUUCUCGCUGUCGCCCUGUACGAUUGCUAUCUUAAUUCCCUCAACUUUGACCGUUAUCUUGAGUGGCUGGCCGUGGAGGUCAGAAAGUUGAAUCCGCACGCAAACCCCAGUAUCACAUCCAUUCUCUGGCUCUUCCUGAACAACGGCGGUUAUCCCAGGAACCAGGCAGGGGACACGGGGGACCGGUGCUGGAUCGUGUCGCGCAUGGUGCGGAUUGCCAAACGCCUGGAAUGGAAACGCCAGGGAACAAUCUGGGACCGCGUACGCCAGAUUUUGAUUGACUUCAUUACGACACAACAAGAGUGCAGUCUUGGUUCAGACGACGUUGACGAAGACGCCCUCCUCGCUCGGCAGCAAAGAACCUGUCAUACCCGAGGAUACUUCUGGGACGAGGACCAGAUGCGUGAAGAUAUUCUCGAUCUCGAGAUUCCUACCGCGACGACAUACUCAGAAAUAAAUGCACCGAAUCUUACAUAA